AUGCCCGGAGACAAGGAGAUUAUGGCGCACGAGGUCGGCCUGGACGGAAGUUCCCAAGAUGAUCGGGAUAUGGAACGUCUGGGGAAGGCGCAGCAGUUCAAGCGAAACUUCCGCUUCUACUCGAUCCUUGGAUUUACUACCACAUUGAUGGCCUCAUGGGAGUCAAUUCUCCUCACAAGUACAUAUGGCCUGACCGACGGCGGGCGGGCCGGCAUGGUCUAUGUCUAUCUCGCGUCGUUUGUCGGAUUCUUCGCAUCUGUCAUUUCUAUGGCAGAGAUAUCUUCCAUUGCCCCGACCUCCGGCGGGCAAUACCACUGGGUUAGCGAGUUUGCUGCCCCGAAAUGGCAACGCUUCCUGAGUUAUUUGACUGGGUGGCUGUCGGUUCUGGGAUGGCAAGCGGCCUUCGCCAGUAUUUGCUUCCUCUGCGGUACCCUGAUCCAGGGACUCCUCGUCUUCAACUAUUCGGGCACCACGGGAUACGUCUAUGUCUUUGAGCGCUGGCAUGGAACACUUUUGACAAUGGCGAUUGCCGCUGUGGGAACCUUGGUCAACACCUUUGGUGCCAAGUUUCUGCCUCCGCUCGAGGGCGUUAUUCUUGGCCUCCACAUCUUUGGAUUUGUCGCAGUUUUGGUGCCAAUGUGGGUGAUGUCGCCAGGUCAGGCCCCUUCGUCAGAAGUGUGGGCCGAGUUCUCCAACUAUGGUGGCUGGUCCAGUAUGGGGCUUGCGUGCCUAGUGGGCCAGCUGACCCCCAUCUUCUCAUGGGCCGGGCCCGACGCUGCUACUCAUAUGGCGGAGGAGGUUCAAAAUGCAGCUCUGGUCGUGCCCUGGUGCAUGGUGUCGACGGCGCUAAUCAAUGGUGGCCUGGGAUUUAUCAUGCUUGUCACUCUGCUGUACAACAUGGGAGAUCUCGCCAGUGCGCUCAGUACGACGACCGGCUUCUCAUUUAUUCCUGCUGUUCACCAUGCGACCGGCUCCGUCGCCGCCACCAACGGUGUCGCCGCCAUUAUUCUGGUUAUGGAAGUCUGCAGCGCCAUCGGUAUCCUAGCGACUGCCUCCCGCCAGACCUUUGCCUUUGCUCGCGACAGCGCCCUCCCUUUCUCCCGUGCCUUGGCUCACGUCAACAGCCGUACUCAGAUCCCCGUCACCUCGGUGCUUGUUUCGACGAUCAUCACCCUUCUGCUGAGCUUGAUCAACAUCGGCUCCACUGCUGCCUUCAAUGCGAUCGCCUCGGUGAUGAUUGCUGCGCUGUUCACUACGUAUAUCCUGUCGAUCGGUGCCUUUAUUCGAGCUCGCUUCCAGCCCGGUGGGAUCCCGCCUUCUCGCUUCUCGCUCGGUUGGUUGGGAUUGCCCAUCAACGUGUUUUCUGUGGGUUAUCUCUGCUUCGCCAUCAUUUUCACCUUCUUUCCCACUGCUGCCAACCCGACACCAGUGAACAUGAACUGGUCCAUUCUUGUCUUUGGAGUGGUAGUCAUUUUCGCGGUUUUCCAGUACCUUGUCCACGGUCGUCUCGUCUAUCAAGCACCAGUGACGCAAGUCCGAAAAACGGAGUGA